AUGAAGAUGGAUAAGAGGUCUCGGAGCUCCUCCAGGGACUCUCACAGGAGAAACAGAGAGUCCCAAGCUAUGCAGAGCAAACGAGAGAAGAGGGAGAGCGGCAGAGAAGCCAGCAAGGGAAGGGGAGACAUAAAGCAGGAGAAAGCAAAGGAGAUCAAGAGCACUGCAGGAACAGAUGGGAGGGUGCACACCUCCACAGUGGUGGAUGUGGAUGAUGUGAUAUCUGAUGAAGAAAUGGAGGCGAUGGCAUUGCUGGACAGCGAGCGGCAAGAGGAAGGUGUAAAGUCUCCAGGUCUAGGCAUCUGCGAAUGGCUUCUGACCAUCUUGUCUUUCCUGUUCGUCAUAAUGACCUUCCCCAUUUCUGUCUGGUUCUGCAUGAAGGUAGUGCGGGAGUAUGAGAGAGCCAUUGUUUUCCGACUUGGGCGUCUCCUGCCUGGCAGAGCCAGAGGGCCUGGCCUUUUUUUCUUCCUUCCUUGUCUGGACACGUAUCACAAGGUGGACCUCCGCCUCAAAACGCUAGAGAUCCCCUUCCACCAGGUGGUGACUAAAGACAUGGUUACCUUGGAGAUAGAUGCUGUCUGCUACUACCGGCUGGAGAAUGCCUCUCUUCUCCUCACCACCCUGACCAGCAUCUCCAGUGCCAUUCAGCUGCUGGUGCAGACCACCACGAAGCGCCUCCUGGCACACCGAGCCUUCUCCGAACUCCUAUUGGAGAGGAAGAGUAUCAGCCAGGAGAUAAAGGUGGCCUUGGAUGCUGUCACAGGCUGCUGGGGGAUCAAAGUGGAGAGAACAGAAAUCAACAAUGUACAGCUGCCUGCUGAAGUCCGGCAGUCCCUGGCUGUGGAAGCAGAGGCUCAGAGGCAGGCCAAAGUGCGGGUGAUUGCUGCUGAGGGGGAAAAGGCUGCUUCCGAGUCCCUGCGGAUGGCAGCUGAGAUCCUGUCUAGUGCCCCUGCUGCUGCUCAGCUCCGUUACCUCCAUGCACUGCACUCUUUUGCUGCAGAGAAACCUGCUGCCUUCAUCUUGCCCUUGCCUUUGGAUCCCAUGAACCUAGUCUCUUCAGCCACCCGCAGUCCCUCAGGAGUAAGCAGCCUCCUCACAGACAACGCAAACCUCCCAGAAAGCCUGAAAGACAAGAAGGACUCACCCAUGCUCUAA